UGGACAAUGCCCGAUACAACAACUGACGUGGGUUGGAAUUGGAGGGACUGAGAAGCCACCCUCGAAAUGGCGGCAGCGGCAUCAUCACCGUCGUCAUCGCCAGUACGGUGGUGGAGGACGGCGUUUCUAACAGUGAGGGACAAAACCCUAACAACUCCUUUACGCACUCCAAUCCCCGAACUCCUCCAUCAUUCCAUCUUCUCCCAUUCCCAUACUCUCCUCUCCGCCGCCCCCGACCUCCCUCCUCAGGAAGUCACCUCCCAUUUGCUCUUCGUCAUGGAGCUCGUCACCGCGAAGCCUCACAGCGGAGAAGACCUUACUCCGACCUUCACUCACAUAACUCACUUGAUCCAUGACAUCUCCCAUCGCAUUCCUCUCGUAAUCAAUUCAGCUUCGUGGACUCUCCUCCUCGACUUCGUCAACAAAAUGCUUCGCUAUUUCAUCGGCUCUUCGUCGUUCACGCAGGUUAUGGAAGCUCUACAGACUCUAAGGCGUGUUAUGAGCACGUAUCAGAGGAAACGCUCGAUGGCGGAGGAGGUUCUGCUGGUGAAGUUCCUGCUGCGAAUCAUUGAGAGCUCUCACGCAGAGUUGAGCUGCUUUUCAAACUCGAUUCUCAACCAAAGCUCGGUUCUUGAAGUUGGGAAGAGAAUGCCGGUCCCUCGAUAUGGAAGCUUAUGGGAAAUUCAGACACUUGCGUUUACUAUGGUUGGAGAGGCAAUCUCCCGAGUUGGCUCAUACUUUCCAUUGGACAUCUGGAGAUCAACGAUUGAGGUGAUGGAUGGCUUGGUAGCUAAAAGCCAGCUUAUGGAAGACGCUUUUAUGUCCAGGCCUCCACACCUGCGCCAAGGGGACAAUUCAAAUAUGAAGCAGAGUGAAGCUCGGGGUUCUCAAAGUUUAUCAGAUCAUGAAUCUUCCGCGAAUGAGUUUGCAUUGUCAGAUUCAGAUUACGGUGACAGUGAUGGAUCAAUUAAAGACACUGACAACAUUCAGAAAUCAAAAGUCCGAGUAGCUGCCAUUGUUUGUAUACAGGAUCUUUGUCAAGCUGAUUCCAAAUCAUUUACUAGCCAAUGGACGCUGCUUUUGCCAACCAGUGAUGUACUGCGACCAAGGAAAUAUGAAGCAACACUAAUGACAUGCUUGCUAUUUGAUCCUUAUCUAAAGGCACGGGUUGCUUCUGCAUCAACCCUGGAAGCAAUGUUGGAUGGCCCAUCUUCUGUGUUUCUCCAGGUAGCAGAGUUCAAGGAAUCUUCUAAACGUGGAUCUUUCAAAGCGCUUUCAAGUUCCCUUGGACAUAUACUAAUGCAGCUUCAUACAGGUAUUUUAUACUUAAUUCAAUGUGAAACUCAUAGUAGAUUGAUGGCAUCCCUGCUCAAGAUUCUCAUGCUUUUGAGAUCAUCUACACCAUAUUCAAGAAUGCCUGGAGAGUUGAUGCCAACAGUUUUUACAUCUCUACAAGAAAGGAUGAAAAAUGGGUUUACAUUCAAAAGUGGUCACACUGGUCUGCUGGCUUCUUCUAUUAGUUGCUUGACAACUGCUCUGAAUAUCUCACCUUCUUCACUGCAAGUUAAAGAAAUGGUUCUGGUAGAGAUAUCGAAUGAUUUUGUUGAGGCUACAAAGAAGUCAGGUGUUCUCUUUAUGCUAUUCCGAUUUUCAGAACAAGUUAGCAACCCAACGAUAUGCUUUGAGGCUCUUCAGGCGCUUAGGCUGUGUCCCACAAUUACCCAAGCAUAAUGUUCUGCUGUUGGGAACGAAUUUCCACCAUUGUUUAUGGCGUUUUGAGGGCAGCUACUCAUGAAGUGCCUACAGGAUCUUGGAAGGGAAAUACUGGAAAUUUUGUCGGAUUUAUUGGGGAAAAGGUCAUUACAGCUACUAUUAAAGUUCUGGACGAAUGUCUACAUGCAAUAUCAGGAUUUAAAGGAACUGAAGACCCUUUAGAUGAUAAGUUACUUGAUGCUCCAUUUAUUUCGGACUGCGUAAGGAUGAAGAAAGUUUCAUCGGCGCCAUUGUAUGAACCAGAGAACUCAGAAAAUACAAUAGAUGAACCCACAUCAUGUCAAUCUGGAACGGAGCAGUGGUGUGAGGCAAUUGAGAAGCACAUGCCUCUGAUUCUGCACCAUACUUCUGCAGUGGUGAGAGCAGCAUCAGUUACAUGUUUUGCUGGUAUAACCUCUUCUGUAUACUUCUCAUUCCCAAAG